AUGAUCAAGAAUUAUUGUGUAGGCAUCGCUGGGCUUGCUGCUGCUGUAGCGCUGACUCGCGUAGGUCAUCGUGUGCAAGUAUUAGAGAAGAGUGAUGGGACCAAAAACCGAGGAGGUGGCGGUGUUCGCAUGCCCCCCAACAUGUCAAAGAUCCUAUUCCAUUGGGGGCUGAAAGAGAAGCUACGAAAGAUCGCAUUGACAUCACAACCAAUAUUGUUUUCGAGAUUUGAGAGCGGAGAGCUUCUUGGCACACAGGUCUGGGACAACGAGCUGCUAAGAGAGACACGCGGGGAGUUCAUGUUAACGACUCACAGUGACUUGCAUAGAGUGCUGCUUGAGACAGCACUCUCACAAGGCGCCACGAUACGCACUAACGCUGAUGUUGUUGAGAUUCAUCCUGACAAGCGCGAGGUGAAGCUAGCUUCUGGAGAAGUUUUGACGGCGGAUGUGAUAAUUGGCGCGGAUGGAGAGAACGGGCUGGCUAGACGAAUCGUCAUUGGGCGGCAGGAUCACGGCACGCCGGUCGGGUUGACCAUGUUCGAGUAUGUUACCUUUUUCACUUGCACGUAUUUCCACCUUAUGUUGUGGCUUUGCAGCGCUACAUUCAACACAGCAACUAACAUGGUUUUCAUUGCCUUCGGGAAUGGGUGCUGUGCAGUCGGGUAUCCGAUCCACGCACAUCAAGAGAUCGCAUUUCACUUUCUGCUCCGUGACGACCGGACCGACGGUGCAUGGGGCGAUCCCCCUUCGGCAGACCUAAAACGCCUUGUCCCGAGCCCAUGCGAUGCGAGGCUGAGGAUAGUGGCAGACAACGCAUCGAACGCGGUUCGAGUGGCUGUGAAGGAUUACGGUGACUUGGAAGAAUGGGUGCAUGAGAGUAACACGAUGGUGCUGGUCGGGCAAGCGGCGCAUCCAUUUCCACCUGCGAGCUUGCAAGGGACGGCGAUGGCAGUCGAGGACGCUGCCGUUCUGGCCAAACUAUUCGCACACCUCAGCAGUCCCGAAGAAAUCGGCAGCUUCCUAUGGGCAUUCCAGGACCUGCGGCAUAAACGCUGUAACGAGGCGCGCGAGGCAGAAAUGAGCAGCAUGUUCUGGAUGACGCUCGAGAACGGUGAGGCGCAGAGCUCGCGAGACAAUGGCAUGCGUGAAAAAUUCCGUGCGGGAAAGAACGUCAUGGAGGGCGAGGACGGCGAGGACGAUAGUCCACAGUGGCAGGAGCUGAGAAACACGUUUGGCUACGACUGCGAAGACGAGGCAGAUAACUGGUGGGUGCAGUGGGGCGUGCUGCGGGAGCGCGCAAGAGGCGGUAGCAAUGCCAGCGUGCAAACACCAGGAGAUGGCGGUUUCGAUUGGUCGACGAUGAGCAUUCAGGUGAAUGAAAGCACGGCGGCUGCUACAGCUGUCGAUCAAUCAGUGUAG